CAAAUUUGGCACACCCCAUGAGUAACAUCGGCAGGAUAUAUUUUUGUGCGGUCAGGGUUGCUGCGAAUGCACUCUUAAGAAUAUACGCCUCGUCCAAGCGAAAUCGCCCGGCAAAUUACGCUGGUCCUAUUACCGCUGCGGCUACUGCCACGUAUAUGUACUUGCCCGGAAAAAGGACGAUCGAGAUGAUGUGUGACCAGAAAACGCAAGCACGUUACAUACAUUACCUGAUGUGACCAUUGUCUGCUUCCUGGGUCAACUGGAGGUGUGCUGCUGCUGGACAGAUCAACAACCAUGUCAUUCCUGGAAGACUCAUUCAUCAUGUUUUUCUCCCAGGCCAUUUUCUUCUCUGGUGGCUGGGUGUUCUUCAUCAAGAUGCUAUUUAAGGACUAUGAAAUUCAUCAUGUUCUGGUGCAACUUAUCUUUUCCAUCACAUUUGCUCUCUCCUGCACCAUGUUUGAGCUCAUUAUCUUUGAGAUACUGGGCUUCUUGGACUCAAGUUCACGCUACUUUCACUGGCACCUGGACCUGUACCUGAUGCUCUUCAUGGUGGUCGGUGUGAUCCCUUUCUACAUCGCCUACUUCGUCAUCUGCAACAUUGGCAGAGUGCCCCGACACCUGCAGCGGCCUCUCACGGUGCUGACGUGGCUGCUCUUCCUGUACGCCUUUUGGAAGGUCGGUGAUCCUUUCCCGCUGCUCAGUCCGCGGCACGGCAUCUUCAGCAUCGAGCAGCUGAUCAGCAGGGUGGGCGUGAUCGGCGUCACCGUCAUGUCCAUGCUGUCUGGCUUCGGAGCCGUCAACUAUCCCUACCAGUCGAUGGCCAUCUUUAUGAGGCCUGUGACGCCGUCCGAUGUGCAGUCCCUGGAGCGUGAGCUGCUCAAGCGGAUGGAUAUCAUCUUGGCCAAGAAGCGCAAGCUGGCGUUGUACCGGCGCGACAGUGUACAGCGCUCGCUGGGCGGCGGCUCGGUCGGCGGCGGCGGCGGCGGCGGCCGGCUCUGGGGCGUACUGGCCGGCGCCGCCUCCUCAGUGUUCAGCGGCGGCGCCAGCCAGAGCCAGCUGAAGCAGGAGAUCGCCGCCAUGGAGGAGGUGGUCAGACAGCUCUUCCUGGAGGAUGUCGAUCUGCACUACAUGCUUGAACGUAUCGAAUGGUCCAAAACCUGGAAGGGGAAGUACUUCAAUCUACUGGGAUAUUUCUUCUCCAUGUACUGCACGUGGAAAAUAUUUAUCUGUACGGUGAACAUAGUAUUCGACCGCGUGGGGAAGAUAGACCCGGUCACCAAAACGAUGCACAUCGUCGUCAACUGGCUGGGCUUCAAUAUCGACGUGACGUUCUGGUCACAGCAGAUCUCGUUCUACGUGGUGGGCUGCAUCGUAGUGACGUCCAUCCGUGGCCUGUUACUUACACUGACCAAGUUCUUCUACGCGGUGUCGAGUAGCAAGUCUUCCAACGUCAUAGUGUUGGUGUUCUCUCAAGUGAUGGGUAUGUACUUCACCUCUUCUGUCGUGCUGAUGCGGAUGAACAUGCCCCUUGACUACCGUCGCAUCGUGACGGACGUGCUGGGCGACCUGCAGUUCAGCUUCUACCACCGCUGGUGUGACGUCAUAUUCCUGGUCAGCGCGCUCACCAGCAUCAUGUUCAUCUAUUUGGCGCACAAGCAAUCUGUGGAGAAGGGGGCAGCCGAGCGCGGACUGUAGGUGCGUCUUUGGGGCGCCGCGCAUGAUCCUGGCAUGUGCCCAAGGCGCACGACGUAGUCGUUCGCGCAAAAUCUAGCAGGGCCUACUGUGCCGGAAAGGACGAUGCGUUCAAGUAUAUGCCACACCGCGCCCCGUCCGCCAGGGUCUGGGCCUGCCUGAGUUGUGAUUUCAACCCUUUAAUGGUCGUCUCAUACCCGAUUGUUUCCAAAUAGCCCGUCUGUAUCAAGUCAUGUGUGCAAACGCGCUACUUUGAAACAUUCAUGUUCGAGUUGCUCGAUACCCAAUCUAGCCUUUCCUUGAACUCGUUUUCUGGAGCACUAGGUUUACUGAAGUGAUACCGGGAUGCCACGGGCGUUUAGUGCAUGCCCUCUCAAAUAGGGAAGGACACGGCGUCACCGUUUUUAUCACGUUACUUUUCUUGCCAUGCAGAAUUUUGUCAUUGUGUUUCCUUGUCUAGCUUUUGGGCCACAAGGGUCGUCUUCAAGGGGGUGCACCAGCCAUAAGGCGCGUGAUACUGCAGAAGGGGCGUUCGGCUUACAAGUCAGUCCCGUUUGUUGUUCUUUGUAUGGCCACACUGGGAUCUUGUUCAUUGGUGACUCUUAGGCUGCCUGAACACUAAUUAAUGUUGUGCGCCGUCCAGGAUGUCCGACAUUGGCGCCGUGUGCUAAGCGGGGGG